AAACAAAUUACAUUUCACGCGUAACGUACGUCGAAAGUAUUAAAUGUUAAUACGAAACGAAAACAAGGUGAAACUGUUCUAACUACAUACAUUGUUGUUAUUUUUCAUGGUCGAUUAAAAGUUGUAUAAGUGUCAAAUUAAUGUCAAAGUGAGGUGCGAAGUGUUAAAAUUGUUGUGGAAGCAGUGGCGAAGAAAAAUGGCUUGUUUUGCGAGUUUAGUCAUUCUGGCAGACUUACGAUGUGCGCGGCGAUAGACAUGCUACCAUCAGAACAGCUGUUUUAUGGACAUAGUCCACCCGCCGGCUUCCUUACGGACUAUACAGUGCGCCGACCGAACAUAUCGAAGAUCACCACCAUCACUAGAGGAUUUUCAGCGCCAUGUUUACCCACUCCUAUUCAGCUGAAGCCGUUACAACUCACUUUAAAGGCAGCCCCGAGAUCGUGCUUAAGAAUGCCGACAGAAAACAAGAAGAAGCGGGUAGUGUUCGCCGACGAUAGAGGGUAUGCUCUAGAACAAGUCAAGUUCAUGACAGAGCCCUCUCAUGUACCACCUUACUGGGCCUUGAAGAUCGUAGCCAGUCCCACGUUAGAGAGAAAACCACCGCCUCAACCGCAAGAUGUGUGGGAGAUCAGAUUCGACCAGCCAGCGUCAGACUAUCUCGAGUUCAGACGAAGAAUAAAUGAAGACUGCGUUACGCUUGAAAACGUCAUUCUCAAACAGAACGAAUGUGCAGUUGAUGGAACCGUUAAAGUUAAAAACUUGGAUUUCGCUAAAGAAGUGUUUGUGCGUACGUCAUUCGAUGGCUGGACGACGAGCGAAGACACGUACUGCGCCUUUGUGGAAGCCGGUCCUUUGACUCAGCAGGGAGUCUCUGCGUACGAUACGUUCGGGUUCAGAAUACAGUUACCAAUACACUCGCGAAGGGUAGACUUCUGCGUUUGUUACCGGUGCCAAGGAAAAGAGUAUUGGGACAGCAACAAAGGCCAGAACUACACCAUCGAGAAGUCCUCGGUCCGGAAAACGCCUGCAGUAUCUUGCGCUAGGAUAAACUUCGGAAACUCCUGGAGUGCGCGCACAGGUCUAAACGGAAACACACCGUACUGGUGAUAGACACUAGCUUCGCUUGUGGAUUGAGUUGCCUGUCGGCUUUACUGUGAUCUAAGUGCCAUUGAAGUGCCAAGUCAAGACUGGAUCCGUAGGUAUCUAGGUAUGUAUGAGUUGACAUGAUUCACGAUAGUGACAGCUGAGGGCAGUGCGCUUUGACACUUGACUGUAGAUAGCACGGAGAUAUGCCCGUUUGAUUAAUGUGGGUAUAAUUCGAUUUGGAAAUUUCCGUCGAUACGCUGAAACGGAGACUAUAAAUAGAUAAAUAGUGCUAUAGUAUUUAUUUCUAUAUAAUUAUUUAAAUAUUCGUUUUGUCCCCGCUUCUAUCAGAGGCCUAGCUGUGAAAAUGUGUUCCUCAUUAAUCAAGUUUCGGCUAUGGUAGAAAAAACAGCCUAUAAAUUCUACAGUUACUUAAGUAGUACUUAUUAUCAAAAAGGCUGAAGGAAUAAAAGAGCAACCAAAAAAACGAAAUCCGGCUGAGACUCGUUGCAAUCAUUACACAAUUAUUUUUUUCCAAAUCCGAUACCUAUAUUUUAAUUUUUACUAAUAAGUUGCCUCGAAAGGACAGCUUCUGUACAACGACAUUAAAUUUAUUAUCAUUUUAAAAACCUUGAUAAGAAGCUGUUGCAAAGUAGCUCCGUUGUCUCUUACUAUAAAUAACUAUAGCUUCGUUUCCGACUUGAUAAAAGCUGGAUUCGGUGACACAGACUGAUAAUGAUAACUGAUAAACGAAUUUUGUAUCUCCCCCGUGAUUCACUGUAGCUAUACAAGCCAUUAAUUUUAUGUUGUUAUAUUGAUUAUUACUAUAAAAAUAAACGUCUCCAUGCUAUCAACAGAUAAGUUUAAAACUGGAAAACAAGCCAACAAUAACUAUAAAAAAUACCUACUUAUUUUUACAAUAUCUUGAAUCAUUGUCGAGAAUAAUCCCAAAAUGUAUUUCUUUGGAAAUCAACGAGCACAUUUAAUAUGUGAGGUGAAGAAUCUAUUGUUGAGAUUUUAUGACUGUGCUAUUUUUAUUGUUAGGCUAUUUCGUGAAACGUAAACAUUCCUUUAUGUCAGAAAGUAUGUUUAGGUAUUUUCGUAUUGGUUUCCAAAGAUAUACUUAAACACACCCAACUUGUCAGUAGAAAAAGGCGCGAUAUUCAAAUUCUCUAUGGGAGUUGAACCCAGUAAGGUUAAGAUGGUCAGUUUUUAUCAUCUGACAUCAUGCUUAUCACGUUCUAACAAGUGUGUAAGUGAGAAAGUGACGCAUGACAUGACAAGUGAUAAAAAUGCGACCAUGAUACCAUAAAUUUUUUGAUGUUGCCGCCUUUUUCUCCUGAAAAGUGGCUGUGCCAUGAAGAAGUAGGUAGGAAAGAAAUAAUGAAUUUAUGCAAUGCAUGUAAUCGAUUUAAAAGACUCGUCCUUCGUUUUGUAAAAACGUGGACAUCCUAGAAUUUUGAAUGAAAUUUGAAUUGCGAUCGGCCUGUUUAUUACUAUUACAAUAAUAGCAACCAAGGGUUGGUUAGAAUUUAAAGUAAAUAGUAUUACUGUUAAUAAUUCAGAUAUAUUACGGUCAGAUAGUUAAUGAAUCAAAUAUAUUAAUAAUAUUGAAUACAUUGAUUUAAAACCUUAAUAUAUCAUAAAGGGGUGUGACCAAUUUAAUACUUUAUUAUUGUCAAUAAUAUUAAUAAUACAACGAAUAUAUGAUACAUACUGAUGUUCCUGUAAUUAGAAGUAGAUAAAUUAUAAGAUGUUAAAUGUUAAACGAUAUGCGAACAUAAUAGUUUUAACUACUUCAUAAAUGUAUUUAAAUAAUUUCAUAAUUCAUAUGGCUCUAUAUAAAUGAAAUGUUAUGUUUUUACCUAAUGCUUACGUACUUUAAGGUUUUGAAAAUCUCUGACAAAACUGAUGAUAUUUUUUAUGUCAGUUAUUGUCAUAUUGUGUUUUAUAAAAUUAAACUAUUAUUAAACUCAAACAGGCAAUAUAAUAGUUAUUUUUAUGUAAUAUUUCCCUUUUCAAAAGUGAGAAUUAAGUAGUUUUUAAAUUAAUUAUAAUUCUAAUUUUAUAUUUAUUUAUUUAAAUACGAAUUUUGAAAUACGACAAUCAUACAUCAAUUUUGUUAGUGCAAAAGUGUAAUUGUGUGUUUUUAUUUAUUAUUUUGAAACAUUUACUGAAUUAUUGUAAAAUGUUUAAUUGUACAUUUUUGUUAUUUUUGUAGCUUACUAGAUUUUGUGAGAUAUGUAAAAGUCGAUGUAAACAAAAGGUCGCAUGAAAUUAUUAAAAAUGAAAUGGAAAUCAAAUGUGAAAUAAAAUGAAAGUAAUUUAUUGAAAUAGAUUGAAUUGUUUGAUUAAAAUUUUCAAUUGUUGUUAUAUCAGGGGGUUGUAAUAUUAUAAUUUAUAAAGGGAUGUAUGUUUUAAUGAAGGAACUGAUUAAUUAAGUUAUUAAUUUAUAUUUUUUUACAGGUAAUUAUAGAAAAAUGUUAAUUUUUUUGUUAAUUUUUACGUGAAUCGGUAUGUAAAUAUUGACCACCUUUUUCUAUAAAAAUAAAAAGAAUCAAAUUAUA